AUGAGGAAAAAAGACGGAACUCUUGAUGGAUUUGGUGAAGAGGAAGUCGAAAGUUGUUUACAAUACAAUGUUAGUGAAGAAGAGGUCCAAAGUGGUAUACUUGUUGGUUGUGGUGGAGAUGAGACUUUUUCAAUUGAUGAUAUGUUUUUUAGUGGAAAAAUUGAGAAGCAAAUGAUUCGAGGUGUAGAAGGUCUUGACACUACUUCACAAACUCUUGAGCGUAUUAGGAUUGGGAAAAUAUAUGGUAGUAAGGCAGAUUUGCAAUUUAAGUUGCAUAUGAUCACAAUUUUUCAGAAUUUUGAUUAUACAACCAUCAAGUCGACAAAAACCUUGCUAGUGCUGAAAUGUUAUGUUCCUGGUUGUUCUUGGAGGAUCCGCGCAUCAACAAUUAGAAGAUCUUCUCAAUUUAAGGUACGCAAGUACAUAGAUAUUCAUACAUGUCCUGUGACGAAAAGGUGUUCUCGUCAUCGACAAGCAACAUCAAAAUGUUUUGGAGAGUUGUAUUUGGCAAAAUUUGGAAAAAUUGGUGUAAGAAUAAGACCUAUGCACAUCAUGGAUGUGAUGAAAGCAAUGUACGGUAUUGAGAUUGAUUAUUGGAAGACAUACAAAGCAUUAGUGCAUGCACGUGAGAUGGUACAAGGUACAUGGGAGAGUGGGUAUGCAGAUUUGCCUACUUUUCUGCAUAGGAUUAAAGCAGCAAAUCCAGGUACAAUUACCAAACUUGAAUGUGAUGAAGAAGACAAAUUUAAGUUCUUGUUCAUUGCAUUUGGUGCAUGUAUCAAUGGUUUUCAGUUUAUAAGAAAUGUGAUUGUGGUGGAUGGUACUCAUUUGAAAGGAAAGUUCUUGGGUGUUUUGCUUGUAGCUGUUGGGCAGGAUGGAAAUGGUAAGAUAUUCCCCAUAGCUUUCGGAAUUGUAGAUUCUGAGACUGAUGUUUCAGGGGAAUGGUUUCUAACUCAGUUACGUAAAAUAUGCCCCGACCAUCAUGAGCUAGUUAUUAUUUCUAAUCGACACAAAUCCAUUGGUAAAACGAUUAGGAAGGUGUUCCCACUAGCUCAUAGGGGAAUAUGUACUUAUCAUCUCUAUCAAAAUCUUCUGAAGAAGUACAAAGAGAGGAGUACAUUGAUCUUGGUUAGAAAAGCCAUAAAAGCGUAUAGGGUUUCAGAGUUCACUACGAUAUUUAACGAGAUUCGAAUUGAAAAGCCUGAUCAUGCGAUGUAUUUGGACAACGUGAUGUGCGUCUAUGGUCUCGAGCAAAUUUUCCAGGAAACAUGUAUGGCAUAUUGA